CUACGUGGUCGCAAAUCGCAAUGGUACGGAAAUGUAAACAUGCACAGAUAAUUUUUUACUUAAAGAAUUUGUGACUAUAAUUAUGGGACUAGGAUUGAGUUUUACAUCUAAACAUUUAAAUCAAUCUAAAAUGUAUUAAAAACAAAAACAUCAUUUGUUAUUGCAACAUUAGUAACUAAUAUAUCUUAUUUUUCUGUGACUGAUGUGAACAUAGGCAAAAGCCUAGUGAAGCGCCGAACAAAAACCAAGACCGCUAAUGGCGGACGCUAAUAAUUUUGGAAGUUUCGUGAUUCCGUUUUCAGCCCAACAUUCCCCAUAGACUUUUGUGAACAAGUUUAUUAUUAGUGAAUUCGUAUAGUGUUAAAAUGUGUAAGUGAUAUCAAAUGAUAAAUUUGAUAAUGACAAAAGCGACCGCUAGCAGUGUAACCUUUUCCAUAACCUCGUUUAUGCGAAUGGAGUAGAUAUGUGAUCGAUGUGUGUGCGUCGGUGAACGAUUUGUCGUCAUUUCGCUUUAUAAUUCGUGCGAAGUAUUUGGGUUUUUAGUGAUGGAAGUGUCCGCGUCGCGGUUUUGCAAUCCGACGCCCGUUUUCGAUGUAACGUAAGUGAGCCGGUCGAUCGCGAGAAGUGUUAGCAGAGACGGCCGCCACCAGCCGAACAUGGCUGCGACGCAGGCUGAGUCUCAGCGAAGUGAAGCGACCGUAGACCAGAGUCCAUCGGAGCAGCUCAGUGAAUCUAGGAACGCUCUGUUACAAAACGGCACAGAUAAGUCCGUCGGGCGCGUUCCGCUCGAUGGCGUUGUGAAUACUAAGAGUAAAUCGCCUAUGUCUGUCGAAGCGGGCCAGCCUCGAGACGGAGGCGAAGCGCCGGGUCAUGAUCGGUCUGGCGCCGAUCAGUACGGGGCCUACAGGUAUCCAGAAGGCGCUGACCCGUAUUACUCACCUAGGCCCGGCUUCCCUGGUAAGCCUAGGCCGCCUCAACAACAAAGAUUCUUUCCGGGCCAAGCUGUAUCGCAAGCGCCAGGGCCGACGCCAACUUUGAACUCUUUAUUGCAAUCUAGUGGCGCGCCACCGCAUCGUUAUCCAAACAAUUAUGAUCAGCAACAGGGUGCCUAUGGCCCCACUCCAGGCUGGCCACCUCCGCGACCUAUGCCUCCAUACAACCCCCAAGGGGGACCAUACAGGAAUUCAACACCGCCUCGUGGUUACGGCGGGCCACCAUACGGCGCGGGCGCUCCCGGAGGUCCGCAACAACCGCCAGGCGCGUACGGACCGCCAGGCUCAUAUCCGCCGAGGUACCCACCAGGUCCUCCUGGCGCGCCUAAUUCAAGACCUCCCUUUUCACCGCAUCAGGGCUACGAGCGGGGUGGUUCACCACAACCAACUCACCCGCAAGGUGCUCCAAGUCCUGGGUCAGCGCAGGGUGCGCCCGGCGGCCUGUCACCAACUCAUGACUCACAUCCCUCGCAUAUGCCACCUGGGUCACAACCACAUCAGGGUUAUCCACCUCCACCGAGGCCUGGCCAGCCGUCCACACCAAACGCGCAUGACCAAGAUUCGGAUCUGACCGGGCAGAACAGCAAUGACUCGGGCGGCAGCGGCGGCGCCGGGCGCGCCAGCACGCCGCAUUUGAGGCCUACACCGAGCCCCACAGGCUCCAGUGGAUCGCGAUCCAUGUCACCGGCUGUCGGUACACAGAACGUCAGUAUGCCACCGCGACCGUCAUCGUCACUGUCAGACGGCGGCGGCCCGCCAGUGCGAGCCGGGGCCCCGGCGGCCGGCCCGCCUCCUUCUGGGGCUCCACCGCCCGGGGCCAUGCUCCCGCAGUCCUACCACUAUAAGCCCGCGCCGUACCCGCCACAGCCCUACGGAUAUCCGCCGCCGCGUAACCAUCCAUAUCCAUAUGGCGGGUACCGACCUACGGCGCCACCGCAUCCUUCUCAACACUAUCCACCACUUAAGGGUGGUGUGGGCCGUCACAUGGGUCCGCCGGGUGAAUCAAUGGGACCGCCAAAUGCGCCAGGAGAGGCUCACGAUAAUGGUCCGGCGCCGCCAGCAACAGCCCUCGUCACGACCGGCCCUGAUGGAGCUCCAUUGGACGAAGGCAGCCAGCAGAGCACGCUCAGUAAUGCAUCCGCAGCAUCGGGCGAAGAGCCAUGCGGCACCGGCAAGGGCUCUCGCAAGGACUAUGGCAGUGCGGCGCCUUCGCCCUCGCCGGGAGGUGGCUCACAUUCCUCCGCCCACGAUGACUACGAGACUUCGCCGUCGCCUUGGCCAAGACCACCCUCUAGUCCCGUGUUUAACAGUCACAUACCUCCGGAGUCCUACAGAUCAAAGAAGUCGGACUCGCUGGUCAAGCUUUACGAGAUGGACGACGCCCCUGAGAGGCGGAGCUGGGUCGAGAGGCUACUCGCCUUCAUGGAGGAACGCCGGACGCCCAUACCCGCAUGUCCGACCAUUUCCAAGCAGCCCUUGGAUCUCUACAGGCUGUAUCUACUUGUGCGCGACCGGGGUGGAUUUGUUGAGGUGACGAAAAACAAAACGUGGAAGGACAUAGCUGGCUUACUCGGUAUUGGAGCGUCUUCGUCCGCCGCUUACACGUUACGGAAGCACUACACAAAGAAUUUGUUAGCUUACGAAUGUCAUUUUGAUCGGGGUGGUAUAGACCCGCAACCCAUCAUCAACCAGGUCGAAGCCUCCACUAAGAAAAAGAGCGGAAAGAACAAUAACGCUGCAAAUGCAGGUAAGGCAGGCAGUUCAAACAACGCUGAACAAUUUGCGGGAAGCGGCGCCGGCGGAGCACCUAUUGACGCCUACCAGCCUCACUACGCGCCUUAUCCGCCUCAACCAGCCCAGCAAGGCGGCGGGGCGGGCGGGGACAUCGCCGCGUCCAACCCGUUCGACGAGCCGCCCGGCCCGCGGAGACCGCCAGGUUACCAACAAGGAUAUGGUUAUGAAUAUGGGUCCCCGUAUCCGGGUAAUCGGCCUGUUUACCCGCCAUAUGGCCCCGAAGGGGAUAGGGGUUACAGUCCUGGUGAAUACGGCCGAUAUGGCGGUUACGGCGGACCGUAUCGUGCAGGCGCACCCGCUCCAGGCCCUGGUGCGACUCCUGGAGCCCCGGCGCCACCGUCCCCGGCCGGGGCCCCUCCUGCGCAGCCCUACCCAGACUAUUACCGCCAACCGCAUCCGCAUCAACCACCACACCCCCCUCCACAUCCGCCACACCCGCCACAUUCGCCGCAACAACCGCAUGAGAUUGCGUCGUGCGGCGGGCUGAUGGGCUCGCAACUCGCGAGGCAACUGGUGGCGCCGCUGCCCCCCGCCUCCAGACCAUACCAAUACGGCGGCAAGGGCGCACCCCCGGUUCCUAAUGCGGGUCCACCCGGCGUAGCGGGAGCACCUCGGCGGCAUCCAGACUUCGCGAAGGAGCCCUACAAUUCGAGUGCCCCACCCGGGGCGCCGCCGAGCCCCGCGGGGCCUCGAUUUGGCGGCGGUUGGGGUCCCGGCUUUCAGCGUGCCGCAUCACCUGGCUGGCGACCGCCUCACCAUGCCCCCCUGCCCCACCAUCAACAACCAGGAUGGCCACCACAGCCUCAUCAGCCGCAUCAACCCUACCAUCCACCGGCGGCGGGCGGACCGGCGUGGGGCGGGCCGCGGCCGCCGCAGGAUCUAUCGCCCGCCGCGCCUUCGCCCGGGGCGACAUCUGGUGUCGGACAAAUUAAACGAGAAUUGACUUUCCCUCCGGAGUGUGUGGAAGCGACGGUGCCCGCGCCUGAAAAAAGACGCAGACUGACAAAGGGUGACGUCGCCCCGGUGGACGCGUGGCGAAUCAUGAUGGCGCUCAAGUCCGGUCUUCUUGCGGAGACUUGCUGGGCGCUAGACAUCCUCAAUAUUCUACUCUUUGACGACACCUGCAUUGGCUUCUUCGGUCUCCAGCAUCUGCCCGGUUUGCUCGAUUUGCUGUUGGAGCAUUUCCAGCGGAGUCUCGCUGACGUGUUCGACGCGCCCGCCGCGGCUCCCGAGCCCUGGUACGCGCCGCCGGUGGUCCAAGAAUCAAUUGCGCCGCCACCCCGACGUAUCGAGCCUCCCGACCCCGCAGACCGAGUUAAGGUUACCACGGGCGAGAAUUACACGCUGCAGUCGCGUCGUCGCGUGCCCGUCACUUUCGUCACUAAGCUGGACGACGACGCGCUCUUUGCGCCCGAGGAUCCCGAAACCAACGACGAUGUCGAGGACGUGAUAGAGCCUUGGCAAACCGACACGGUCAGUAGAUUCGACCACGUGAUGCCCUGCUUCCGUGCCGAGUUCGUACACCUGCCGUUCGCACGGGUUCUGCCAGGCGAGCGAGCACCUUCGCCGCCCGCGCCUCCGGCGUCGCCCCACUCGGACGGACCCAGCGAUACGCCCGCCCUUCCCGACACGGCCGACCCGCCCCCCUCCGAACCGCCGUCAACGGCCACGGAUGAUGGGGACAACUUGGAGGCGGAACCGAUGGACAUAGAACCCGAAAGAAAACCGGCCUUACAAAUUCGGGAUUCUGCCGGAGUGCUCAAAAGACGACGAUUGGAGGACUACGAAGACGAAUGCUACACGCGCGACGAGCCUAGCCUAAAUCUAAUCAACGAAACGCGGGACGCCCUCGCCAAGCGGUGUAUAGCGUUAUCCAACAUUCUCCGCGGGCUGACUUUCGUGCCCGGCAACGAGGCGGAAUUCUCGAGGUCGAGCGCCUUCUUAGCUCUCGCUGGGAAGCUACUGCUGCUACACCACGAACACGCGCCUCGGGCGGCCCGGGCCAAGGCCUACGAGCGUGCCGCGAGAGACGAGGUGGACGCGGACGCGUGCUGCUCCAGUCUGAAGGGCGAGAGCGAGUGGUGGUGGGACACGUUGGCGCAACUGCGGGAGGACGCGCUGGUCUGCUGCGCCAACAUCGCCGGCAGCGUGGAGCUAUCCGGUCAAUCCGAAGCCGUGGCGAGGCCGCUUCUGGACGGCCUCCUUCACUGGAGCGUGUGUCCCGCGGCCGUAGCCGGCGACGCCCCGCCGACCGCCUCCCCGGCGUCGCCCUUGUCCCCUAGAAGAUUAGCCCUAGAGGCACUUUGUAAAUUGUGUGUGACGGAUGCGAACGUGGAUCUCGUACUGGCGACGCCCCCGCGAGGGCGUAUCGCCGCAUUGUGUGCGGGGCUGGCACGGGACCUGUGCCGGCCCGAGCGGCCCGUUGUACGGGAGUUCGCGGUGAAUCUGCUGCAUUACCUGGCGGGGGCGGGCGGUGCCGCAGCCCGCGAGGUGGCAACGCAUGCGCCCGCCGUGGCGCAGUUGGUCGCCUUUAUCGAGAGGGCAGAGCAGACGGCUCUCGGCGUCGCUAACCAACACGGCGUGGCGGCGCUUCGAGACAACCCCGACGCUAUGGGUACCUCCCUGGACAUGUUGAGGCGAGCGGCCGCCACGCUGCUGCGUCUGGCGGAGCACCCCGAAAACAGGCCGCUGAUCCGCCGCCACGAGAGGAGACUGCUGUCGCUGGUGAUGAGCCAGAUCUUAGACCAGAAGGUCGCGCACGAGCUGGCCGGGGUGCUGUACCACUGUAGCCAACAAAAGUGUGACGAACCGCAAGAAGAGUGAGUGAACAGUGCCGUGAGUGAGAGGCGAGUGGCGGCGGGCGGCGGCGUACCGAUGGGUACGUGUACAUAUAGCGAUAGCGCCCCGCCCGCCCUGCGCGCCUAGCGUGUACAAUCUGAAUUUCGUUAUUUAUGUCCACGAUGAUUUAUUUACAAGAAUGUCAAUGUGCUAUAAUCGAUUUCUAUUGUUCGAUUGAAAAACAGAUGUAUUAUAACUCGUAAUUUUGAUUUUUAUAAUAAAAUGGGACUUGAAUCUG